GUCGUUCAUGAUGAUUUCAUCGCGAUGCUACUACUCCCUCGCCACCGACUGCCACCAACUCGUGCUAAUUCCAACCUAUCAAACGAAGUCAAAGUUCACGCUGUAAAGGCACGCCCCAGCAGACCCUUUUCGAGCAGCGUGUGCAGCAGGCUCACCUACGACCGGGAUUGACAGAAGUGAAGCCAAGAGUCUACAACUGCCAGUGUGCAGGUCACGUCUGCCUAGACUAAGAACCUCGUCCGUUCCUGACCGCUUACGAUGCCAAAUCAAGUGUCUGUGCCUUUCAAGAAAACCUAUACGGUCGAGAUCCGACGAGCUGUGCGGGAGUACAUAUUCAAGAACCACACGGACACUCACCCUGACGCGUUCCGAUGGGACAUCAGCCGCUGGGAGUCCCUACGCAAGGACGGAGUAGGCGGUGUUGUUCAUGUUGACAGAGUGAAAUCGGCAAUAAGUUAUCAUGCACAACUUGUAUUUAUCUUGACCAAACUACCAGCCGAUAUUGGGCUGGAGAUUGCAUAUGCACCGGUCUUUGCCCCCAAUGCGCUCCCAGUCACGCUUUCAAAUUUGAUCUUCGAACGAGCUGGCGUGUUAUUCAAUCUCGGAGCCUUGUUCUCUCAACUGGCCGCUGCGGAGGACCGCUCAACAGCCCAAGGCCUCAAACAAGCGAUUGCUUAUUACCAGAGCGCCGCGGGAACAUGGAGAUACCUUGCUUCGUCUGUAGUACCGCAAUUGAGAGCCUCUGUUGCUGAAGACGACAUGCCUGAAGAUCUUACGGAGGCCUUUGUCACAAGCCUGGAAUCACUGAUGCUAGCACAGGCACAGGAAUGCGUGUGGCAAAGGGCUGUGAUGGAUAACUACAAGAAUGGACUCAUCGCCAAAUUGUCCAUGAAGGUUUCUUCCUUCUACGGAGACUCCCUCACGACGAUCAGAGGAGCGUCAUCCAUCCGGCAUGUGUUCCCGUCGCACUGGUUAGCCCACCUCGAAACAAAACAAUUGCACUUCGAGGCAGCUGCACACUACAGGAAGAGCGUGGAGGAUCUAGAGGCCAGCAGGUACGGUCAUGAGAUAGCACGCCUAACGCAAGCACAAGCGGCAGCUAAGAAAGGCAACGAUAUCGCCCGGCGCGGGGGUGUCACGCCUUCUGUCUUCCAGGACGUCAAGUCCCUGCUUGACACAGUUCAGAAGAAUUCCGCUCGCGCAGAACGUGAUAACGACCUCAUCUAUCACCAAGAUGUGCCUUCUUCGACAGCCUUGCCUCAGAUACAAGGGGUGUCUAUGAUCCAGUCCUCAGUUCACACAGCGUUGACGGACCCUAAGACUGUCAUCGGCGAUGAUGGUGUGAUAUUUGCUGAGCUGCUCGGAUGGGGUGCAAGGGUGGCGAUAGAUAUUUAUAAUGACAGACGGCAGAAUUGGAUCAAAGAGGAAGUCUUAGACAGGGCUCAGCAGCUUGAUGACGUCGCCACGAAGACCCUCGAAUCGCUGAACCUUCCUGCAGCCUUAGAGGCGCUGGAGCGGCCCGUAGGUUUGCCCCCAAGCCUAUUGCAGAAGGCGGAAGAGGUACGAACGGAUGAUGGACCGACAAGGAUAGAGACGUCGACAGAGAAUGUCCGAAAGCUUGCACAGCAAGAUAUGGACAUAUUAAAUGAGGCUAUGGACAUCCUGGACCAAGAAGCGGAAGAAGAUGAGGCCUUCCGAGCUGAAGCCAAAGCGGAUAGGCCACCGUCCCACGAAUCCAACAAGGAGUUGACAGCGAAGGCCGAGCGCUACCGGAGCAUCCUGGAUCAGGCGUCUGAAAGCGACGAACACGUCAGGCAGAAGUGGGAUGAAUGGGAGAAGAAUAUAGUGGAAUUCACAUGGGACGAGGCACAGCUCGAGGCGUCCAUCCCGUCAUCAACCGUGUCACUCUCUCGACCAUCCUCGAGGUCCGGCACCAAUCCGACACAGACGCACGCCCGCGCUCUGCGGGUGCUUCUGGAAUCUCUGGAUGAUGUGACGCGAAAGCGAGAGGAUCAUGUCAGGCGUGCUACUCGCCUUGCAGAAUCUGAAGAUAUCACUUCUCGGAUCAUCAAGGCAGCUAAUGCCAUCGAACAGUGGGUCGAGGUUCAGCCGGCUAGAUUCGAAGAUGUGCUGGAGGAGGAACUCGCAAAGUAUAACAAGUUCCGCGUGGGCAUGGAAGAGACUGCGCGCGACCAAGGGUCGCUGUUGCAGCAAAUCAAGGAGCGGAACGAACUGUUUUUGCAGUCUCGGAGAGAAGACACGAGUAUCAAGGAGCGUGAACAUGCGUUGCAGUCACUAGAUCUCGCGUAUCACAAGUAUAAGGAGAUAACGCGGAAUCUCGACGAAGGGUUGAAGUUCUACAAUGAUUUUGCGACUAUCCUGACACAGUUCAGAGACACGUGCAAAGACUGGGUCAAUAUGCGGAAACGCGAAAUCCACAACCUCACGAGGGUCUUGAGUUCAGUGACCUUGACACCGCCUGCGACUCCUGCUUCUCCUCCAGGGGACCUUGCUGCGCAACGUCCAGAAGAGGAACAGCCGCCUGCCGAACCUCCUCGUGCCCCAGUGUUAGGUCUUCCUCCGCCAGAUUCCGAUGAGUGGGAGAGUAUGGAACUACCUCCUGCACCAGCUCUGCAUAACUCAAAGCAUCGCCCCCGAGGAUAAGAUACGUGGUUCUGGGCUAAGAAGGUCAUAUGGGUUAAUGUGACUAUGUAUGUAUCUUGAUCGUAUGCAUGGCUGAUCCACUGUGUGUCGCUUAGGAGAGAAUGGGUGAUCGUCGGACA